AUGUUAUCGUGCUAUCACGAAGAAAACGGAAUACAUAGAAAGAUUUAUUCAGAAGGCAGUGGGAUAGCUCCCAAUCAGUUAUUGAUAAUCUUGACGGACUCAAGUAGAACACCGCGUGAUAAAUGCUCAAAUAUUCAUGCUGCACGUGUUGUCACACAUCCAAGCACUGGGAGUGCAUCAAUUACUAACUUGAGUUUACAUUAUGAUGAUUUUCGUUCAUUAUUAAUUGACCUUUUAUUGAUAACGCCUAAUGACACUUCACAUCGUUUAUCUGAAUGA